AUGUUCCUCCACUCGGGAGCAGGCCUUCAUGGCCACGAGUACUCGGACAGAUCACCCUCAUCCGCCCAGUCGCCGCCGCCGCCGCCGCCAACCAGGCCUCGAUAUCCUCUUCUGCGCACCGCCUUGCGGCCGCUCGCCCCUUCCGAGCCGAGCCCCUCCCCUCGACCUCUGUCCCACCAAGAACUGCCCAGCCGCAGAUCUUCCUUCGCGCCCGAUGACUAUCCGCGCCUCUCCUCUCUCUCCUCCUCGCGCCGCUCCGCCUCUGGCAGUCUCGUCAAGAAAGACUUGGCUGUCAGGUUCCGCGAACCACAAAUGGAACAGGCACAGACGCCCAUUCCCAGCGAGGAUGAAUCCUCCGUUGUCGGCUCUGAGCCGGGCGACAGCGCCAAUGGCUCGACUCGUCGGAUCAGGCGGAAACGCGUUCCUCGAAAGAUGACUCGUUUUGCUCUCGCACACCCGGCCCCUCAACUACGCACCAAGCAACGGAGGCUGGUGCAAAUACGCCCGCGCCUGCUGCUCCAGCUUCAAGAGGUGGGCGACAGGCGCGCCAUCCCGGCCUUUGACGUUGUGCCCUCCGGCUUGGUGGCUGGCAGCCUCAUCAUCCCCCGGCUGGCCAAGCGCUUUCCUCGCAUGUUUCGAGUCAAGCCCGAGCUCGGCCAGGACGACGUGCUAGUGGUCCGCAGCGACGACUACGGGCCACCCACCCCUACCCCGUCACCGUCCCACCCCGAUGGCACUGUCCAUGACCAAGAUGUCCUCGCCGUCAUCAGUGCCAUACCUCAGCGGGGCAGCAGUUGUGCCGAGAUUGCUCUCGAGGACGGCUCGACCUGGCUCGCAAGUCCAAUGGCCAACGGCUCCUUCGAAUUCACCUCGGUCGACGAUUACGGCAUCACGACCACUGCCAGAUGGGCCCGAAGGUCUUUGCUUUCAACGAGGAAUAGCUCCGCAUCUAUCGGACCCCCCAACACACCGCCCUUGGAGCAAGCACCGGGGUUCAAGUGGACUUUCAGCGUCAUUGACCCAUCGUCGAGGAGGCACCCCAUCAUGGGAAGCCUCACGCCCGAUUCGCUCGAAGUCUAUGACUCGUACACCACCUUGUCGACCUCAAGCCGGCGCUACCCCCCGUCGCGAACCAUUGCUCCAGAUUCUCUCGAUCAGAGGGACGCGGCAUCCCCGUCGGUGCCUCGCCAGGACGAGCGGACGACUGUCGCGGUGGCGCAGGGACUCAAGAAUCUCAUGCUGGCUACGGCGACCUGGGUCAGCCUGCAUCAGCGCGGCUGGCCGGCUUCUGCCAAUCCCAAGCUCGCGCGGUCUACGUCAUACGGCCGAUCCGGCGUCCCGGGAAUGGUGGGACGACGCCAGACAUUUGCCGGCUUCGAAGGAGUCGGGCCCUGCCCCGAGGAGCUUGCCGCCGGGCUCGGAGGAGAGGACUCGGGACCGGCGGGAUGA